CGCACUGCCUCCCGCUUCCACGCUCUCCCUCUCUACUGUUGAGUGCAUAAGAGCGGUUUCCUCUGCAGACCACUUUGCAAAGCUCCGUGCAACAAGUUUGCAGGAGCAGCAGCGGCACGCCGUCACGCAGGUUGACUUCCCUCGGCUGGAGCUUGAGCGGCGCUCAACUCAUCCAUCUGUCGCUGUCACCACAAAGUCACCGUACGUGAACGCAGCGUUGCAGGCGCACACACGCACGCUCACUCACUCACUCACACAGAGCAGAGUGCCAUAAAUUCGUGACUCCGCGCCAGAUGCGGUUUGCUCUCAGCAGCGCGUGGAGUUGUUAGUUAAAUGGAGAACGCGGUGGCGAGAGGAACAUCUAAGUGCGUAGAAAAAAUGGAGAAAGAAGUGUCGCCCCGGCAGAAGCGACACUACUGCCGCACGACUGCGCUGAACGUCUUCUCCUCGUUUUGCUCCGUGGCGUCCGUCGCCUUCUGCAUUUUCCUGAGCAUUAGCGGAGCUGACAUCAAGAACCGAGUUGUGGAUUUGGAGAGUGCCAAAGGCGAGCACACCUUCACCCGUGCCCCCGGCUACUCCGUGGAGGAUUUCAAUUCACUGAUAGAGGAAAGAGUGGACGAGCUGCUCUCUCAGCGCUCCUAUGAGAAUUUCGUCAAGAUUCGGACCGCCAGACAAACAUCACCUGAAUGCAACUGCCCUCCAGGACCUCCGGGAAAGCGGGGAAGAAGAGGCCGUAAUGGAGACCCUGCUGAGGCCUCGGGCAUCUAG